AUGACGACCAAUCUCAACUUCGGACAAUACUCCGCGAUGCCAGCUUUGACUGUCGCCGCAUUCGCGGUGCUUUCUCUGUUCUUCGUCGCUUUCGCGUUGAUCAUUUCCCUCCACCUAAUACUCUCAUCUUCACAACACUCCGCCGUUCCCAAGCUACGUCACAGAGGCACCCCAACCCAUGUGCUGAUCGUGCUCGGUAGUGGUGGCCAUACGGCAGAAAUGCUAUCAAUGCUGCGCCGCAUGCCACUAGACCCAAACACCUACACUUUUCGUACAUACAUUGUGACCUCGGGCGACAGCUUCAGUGCCUCGAAGGCUGUGGAGUUUGAGGUGAUUCUUCACGCGCAGUACAAAGACUCAAAACAUACACAACGUCACAACUAUGAUAUUAUCACCGUACCUCGUGCCCGUCGAGUCCAUCAGUCGUAUCUUACUGCGCCGUUAUCUACAAUCCAAUGUUUCUGGGCAUGUCUCCAGGUUCUUCGCGGUAAACAUUCAGAUCAACAAAGCAGCAAGCGCGACGUUAAAUUUCAAUAUCCUGACCUGAUACUUACCAAUGGUCCUGCGACAGCGACACACAAAGACAGUUCGGCAAAUACACUUCCACUCCGCACUGUUUUCAUUGAGUCCUGGGCGCGUGUAACCACACUGAGUCUAUCUGGAAAAAUCCUGCUACCUUUUGUAGAUCGGUUCUUGGUGCAGUGGCCGAACCUUGAAGGCAAACAGGCAUGGAAAGGCAUGAGAAAGGCAGAAUAUGUCGGUACAAUCAUUGAUUAG